AUUUGUGACCUUUCAGCCACCAGUCGCCUAUAACUGCUGCGUUCAACGAGACGACAUCAGUCCAUCGGGAGCGCUCGAAAGUGACGCGACAAAACGCGGGAAAACAAUACAGUUUUUUUGAGGUAGUUCAGAAAGAUGGUGGCAAACGGGAGAAUGGAGAAGACGGAGAAGAUACCCGCGACCGCCGCAACGCUGGACGAGGCUAUGCUGGAAGCUGGUCUGGGGUUGUACAACUUCGCGCACAUGCUAAUGAGCGGCAUCAUCCUGAUGGGGGUGAUCAUGCAGACCCUGAACCUUGGUUAUGUGAUCCCAGCCGCGCAGUGUGACCUCAACCUUAGCCUGGGCACCAAAGGAUGGCUCGCAGCUAUCCCUUUCACUUCUAUGAUCCUGACAUCCCACAUGUGGGGCUACUUAGCGGACACGCGCGGCCGCCGGCCAGUGAUGAUGGUUUCCAUGCUGGUGUCCGUGCUUCUCAGCAUACUGGCCAGCUUCGCGCCCAACCUGCCCGUGUUCGCUGUACUGACGUUCUUCUCGGCUGUGUUCAUGUCGGGCCCUUCAGCCGUCGUCUACACAUACCUGGGCGAGUUCAACAACCUCCAGCACAGGGACAAGAUGGUGGCCUUCGGAGCCUCGUUCGUGGGCAUCGGGACCGUGCUCUUACCUGGUGUCUCCUGGCUAAUUCUCCCACAAGACUUCGCCUGGCCAAUCUCCUGGCCGGGCAUCGUCUACCGUCCCUGGCGCCUUCUCGUGAUCGCCGCCGCCUUACCCUACACCCUGGGCGCUGUGCUCCUGUUUUUAGCCCCCGAGAGCCCCAAGUUCCUUAACGCGCAGGGCAGAUAUGACGAGUGCUUGGCUACUGUGAAGAAAAUCUAUGGAGUCAAUAAGUGGACUGACCCGGAGACUUUCCCGAUCAAAUCAUUGGUAGUGGAUCCGAGUGCAAUGACAGCUAGCAGCGGCAAGGGCAUCACGGCUGUUUUGAGUUCCAUGUGGGACCAGACAGCGCCUCUGUUCAAAGGGAAACUCCUCAAAUGGACCUGCCUCACUUGCUUCGUGCAGUACGGGAUAUUCUCCGCGUGUAAUGGAUUCUACGUGUGGUUUCCUACCAUCCUCAACUCGCUGGCCAACCACAACGGUGCCGAAGACGCCAGGAUAUGCGAGAUUUUAGACGCGAGCCAGAAGGCUGCCGCGAAUGCUACUGAUGCGAUCUGCGACGACACCAUGAACACCGAGACCUUCGAGCGCUCCAUGUACAUCGGCUUAGUCUUCUGCUCCAUGUACAUCGUGGUCGGCUUCCUCGUGGACUUCGUGGGCAAGAAGCUGAUCCUCCUGACGAUCCUCGGCGGCGCCGGACUGUGCAGCAUCAGUGCUCAUCUGGCUACGAACCAGCAGACGGCGGUGGUUCUCUUCGCCGUGUUCCAGAUGAGUGGAGCGUGUAUUGGCAUGAUGAAUGCUGUGGCUGUGGAGUUGUUCCCGACUAGAUACAGGGCUAUGGCAGUGUGCUUAUCAAUGAUGAUGGGCCGUUUGGGGUCUGUGGUGAGCUCCAACCUCAUCGGAGUAUUCAUGAGGGCCAACUGCGGCAUCAGCUUCUAUCUCUUCGGAGGACUCUUACUCACAUGCUGCGCAGUCUGCCUCACUCUUCCAGGCAAGAAGAAACGCGUGAAACACACCACAAAGAGCGUAGAACCAACCCAAAAUGAAACCCAUGAACCCGUAUGAAGCGAUUCAUAAAUUAACCACGAACCCCUUUCGUCUGUUCGUCUAUUUGCAUCUCUAUCGCUCAAAUAUAAAUGGACGAUAGAGAAGUAGAUAACGAAAUUAUGAUUUUCGAUGUCCGCGGUAGAUCUAACCUGGUAUUUAGGAGGCUGUUGUAUUAAGCGUUGGUAAAGGUCGAGAAAAAGAUGAUGUGGCGUCGUGUCUUUUGAUGCACGAUGAAAGAAUUUCUGUGGGAAAAUAUUGAAAUAUAGCAAACACCCUAAUAGUAUGACAACUGAGUGCCUAAGUAUCUAUUUUUGCAGAAUUUAUUAUUUAUUUAUUUAAUCUUCAUUGCACAAUACAUGAAGGUACCAAUGGCGGACUUAAAUGCCUUAAGGUAUUCUCUACUAGUCAACCAAUGGGUAAAACCAGAAAGAUUAAGUAUAGGUGCAGUGAGAAUUUAAUAACGGAUACUAAGUAUAUUGUUAACUUCCAUGAAUUUAUUUAUUUAUUAUUUUAUUAUAUAACGUAAAGAACGCAGGGAGCCCAACUGAGCGAUGUUCGGUGCAUGGCACCCAUUAGAACCCGGAAAAGUAACAUGCGAAGUAAAUAUGUAUAAUGUUAUGUUGAAAUCUCAGUUGGCAUUGACGACAUUUAAAAACAAGCGAUAUUAAAAAACCCAACUUAUAGUCUGAGAAGAAACUGUAGAAAAUAAUUAAGGGCGCCACUUCCUACGUAACUGUCACAUUUUUGACGUAAAAUGCUUAAACAUGGCAACAUUUUAAUACGGAUUUUUUUUAGUUCCAUUUUUUUUAUUUCUACUAAUUUAUGUCGCACUAUACUAAACUAUGGAACUAACACAUUAGGGUUAUCAACCCGGAAAUUUACAUAAGUAAUUAAUAAAAAAUCCAUCACUAAUAUCAAGUUAUUAUCAUAAAAAACCGGGCAAGUGCGAGUCGGACUCGCGCACGAAGGGUUCCGUACCAUAAUGCAAAAAAAAAAAAACGAAAAAAAAAAGCAAAAAAAAAAACGGUCACCCAUCCAAGUACUGACCACUCCCGACGUUGCUUAACGUUGGUCAAAAAUCACGUUUGUUGUAUGGGAGCCCCAUUUAAAUUUUUAUUUUAUUCUGUUUUUAAUAUUUGUUGUUAUAGCGGCAAUAGAAAUACAUCAUCUGUGAAAAUUUCAACUGUCUAGCUAUCACGGUUCGUGAGAUACAGCCUGGUGACAGACAGACGGACGGACGGACGGAUGGACAGACGGACGGACGGACGGACGGACAGCGAAGUCUUAGUAAUAGGGUCCCGUUUUACCCUUUGGGUACGGAACCCUAAAAAUCAACCGUGGGGUCAUUUACUCCACUCAUAUGAGGGGACCGGGACCUUAUUGAGGGUUGACGCACGCGACGCCCUUGUGCCGUUAUCGAUUACGUUGACCCUAAAAUUUUGAAGAUGAAACCAAAUAAAAAGUUGGUAAAAUACACUGGGUCAAGCAGAUCUUGUCAGUAGAAAAAGGCGGCAAAUUUGAACAAGUGCGAGUCGGACUCGCCCACCGAGGGUUCCGUACUUUUUAGUAUUCGUUGUUAUAGCGGCAACAGAAAUACAUCAUCUGUGAAAAUUUCAACUGCCUAGCUAUCACGGUUCAUGAGAUACAGCCUGGUGACAGACAGACGGACGGACGGACGGACAGCGGAGUCUUAGUAAUAGGGUCCCGUUUUUACCCUUUGGGUACGGAACCCUAAAAAUGUAGGCGCGAAAGGAUAUCGUCCCAUAGAAAAUUUGAAUUUCGCGCCUUUUCUACUGACAAGAUUUGCUUGACCAUCUAUAGCUAAAACUGUGAAUACGCUUAACACAUUCAACACCAAGAACCCGACUGUCGGGUACGGGUACACUGUUCGUAGCGACUACGCGCUACAUACGACGAAACCGUGGCUACGCGCUACGAGCGUAACCCGUAGCACUUAGUGGUAUUGAAUGUGUUAAAAGGAAAAAUGGUACAGACAGCAACACUCCUAACUGUAGGUACAUCGGUAGACCUUAUUACAAAAGACAUAAAGUCCACCGAUAUACAGUUAACAGUGGGGGGAUGGUAUACUUAAACUGGGGCUAUUAAAAAGUUUAACAAUACACAAAUUAAGAAUAAGAAUAAGAAUCUUUUAUUUGCGAUAAACAUUACGGUACAUCGGUGUUCAUGCGUUAGGUGGUAGGUUUCAUGUUUAACCAUAAACGGUAUGCAAAAUAUGUACAAAACUUAAAAACUAUCAUGCAAAACAUAUAAUGUCUCUAUUUAUAUAUAUUAAUUAUUAAUGUCAUACAGGUCAAGUCUAAUUAAUUAAAUUUCAUGUCGAAGAAUUCAUUUGUGCUAUAGAAAUUGUAGUUAUUUAGCCAUUGAUGCAAUUGUCGCUUGAAUGCUAUAAUAAUUAUUAUUUGGGCAUUCGUGUAAAAAAGGUAAUAGAAAAAUAUUUUAUCUACACACAUAUCAUAAACUCUCUAUGACGCCUUCAAAAUCCGUAAAUAAUGGCCCACAUUACGAUAAACUGUUUUGUUACAGCAAAUUUCUUAUCUGUGAAAAUGUGGUAAUAACUUCAUUACUAUAUCAAAAUCGAUUUGGUAAUGCAUUUUAAAUUUCGAACAUCUCUGAAUAAAAAAAGCAAUUUGAUUUGACCCCUAUUCUAAUAUCAGUCGUCAUGACGUUUUAUUCGAAAUCAAAUGACAAUUGCAUACAAUAUUGACAAAUCCCGUAUGUAAGUUGGUAUCGGACGAUAUGGUAAUCGACCCCGACUCUAGUUUGUCUCUGAAUUAAAAAAAACUACGGAUGCGUGACAUACGUGAAAAAAGUUUUCCUUUGCCGCCAUUUGACGUACAGUUUAUAUUUUAAUUAAUUUGUAAGUAAAAAAUAAUUUGUUUUGUUGUUUUUAAAGUAACUAUAACAAAAGUUUCGUGUAAAUUGUGCGAUAAAGAUAUUUCGGAGACGCCAGCUCAUAUCCGCGAGUUCCGCCAGAGAGGAAAGUGCCCCAAUGUCGGUUGUAAUAUGAGGUUAGUGAAUAUAUCAUAGAAAGUUUAUAAUAUGUGUGUAGAUAAAGCAGUGUAUGUAACUGUACAUAAUUAGGCAUUAAAACACUCGUGUGAUACUAUUAUGAAACUCAUUUCAUUCGUUUCAUAAACCCACACUCGUAUUUUAAUGCCUUUCAUUAUGUAGCAGUCACAUAAACUACUAUUAACUUCAAGGUCCUACCCAUUUAAAAAUAAUAUAUAGGUACCUACCAGUAAAACUAGCACCUAGGUACUUGUAGACACUUUACAAUUUAUGAAAAAGUUAUUAUCAUUUUAUUAUGCCAUAGAUAUCAUGUUAUAGGAUUUUUUUUUCGAUUAGAUGAGUUUUAUAAACCAGGUGCAGCAAAAGUAACUAAGCAAGCUUUGUAGAUCUUAUUUAUUUAAGAGCGUGUAUGGAUAAUUUUCAACACCUUGGCCGCUUAGCUAUUUUCGCUGCUGACUGGUCCAUAAAUGCAUUUAUUUUAUUAAAACUGUAUGUAUGUAACAAAUUAUAAGAUAAGAUAAUUCUUUAUUGUACAACCGUGUUACAGAGGUGUUAUGUAGUACAUGUGAGUUUCAACGGUAACCUAACUCGGGUAUACAAUGGACACUUAAAACUAACUUAAAACUAAGAAACACAUAACUAUUAUACACAUAUAUGAAUAUAUGAAUUACAGAUAUUGAUAUUUAUUAUUAACAAGGUUUUUUCAAAUAAAUAUUAUUCCAUUCAAUUCUAUAUAUAUCUAUACAGAGUAGACAGUAUCAUGAUUCAUGAAGAAUAUAAUUCAAAGAAAUCCUUGAGAGAAUAGAAUUCAUUAUUUUUAAGCCAUUUUUUAGACUACGCAAAAACUCUAUGUCAUCUAGCAUUUUUAAUUCAUCUGGAAGCUGAUCAAAGACGCGAAUGGCAGUAAUAUAUGUGCUUUUAUCGUAUGUUUUAUUAUUGACUAGAGGCAGUUUCAAGUUAUACUUAUAUUGAGAAUUGUUAAACCAAUAAAUUGAAAGUGCCCACCAAUGACUAGUAGGUAGCGGCAGUGUUGCCAACUUGGCAUAAAUGAUGCCAGAUCUGGCAUAAUUUCACUCACUUUGGCACCAAAAUUUUCCAUUUAGCAUCUGGCAUAUUUUUUAGCAUAAUUUAGUCUUAGCCAAGUUUGCAGCAACAAUAUGCGCCAUCGCCUUAUGUGGUUUAUAUUUUCAUAUGAAGUUUGACUUUUGUGGACGGAUGGACGUCGACGGACUAUAUAUGAAUAUAUUUUUUUUAUGGCAAAUAAAUUCAGUUAAAUUGACCUCUGAUUUUUUCGUGGAUUGACAAUUUGAGUUCCGUUUUGCAGAUUUGACCAGCAAUUUAAUCAGGUCGGGCGAAAAUUUGUCCUAUCUGGACUGGCCUUCACUGAUCUUGUAUGUAUUUACCUACAUGUAUAAAAUGAGCAUUUUAUACAUAAAAUUGUAUAAAAUGAGCGCUGUCUCGCCAACAAACUGCAUUCUACGUAGUUUGGCGAGUAACUUUAAAAUUGAUUAUGUAUAUGUGCCUUUGAUAAAUAAAUUAAAAAAAAUAAAAAAUAAAAUUUAUAGCGGGCCUACCACGAACGUCGAUAAUGAAAAUUUCGAGCAACUACCUCUUUUACUCCAAUUAAGGCGUAAUUAGAUUGACAGAGAUAGUUGCUGGCAAUUUUCGACUUUCAAUGUUCGCGGUUAUACGCCUGAAAUGGAGAAGCUUUGCUCGCAUUUUGAGCUCACUUGGUCAAUAAUAAGGCUGGCCACAGACGUACGGAAUGACAGGUGCAAACAAGACAUGUAUAGUUAUGUGUAUAGCGACGUCCCGUUCACACCUGACCGUCCGGAAACCAAAUGAAAAUUCCGUGCGUCUACGGCCAGCCUAUAUUGCCAAACAACAGCAGACUCGUAACCGUCGUAACUAUAUUCUGUUAAGCCAUUCCGUUAGUUUACUAACGGAAUCCGUUCCGUUAGUUUAAAAACGACAAAUUAAAAAAAAAAGUAGGCGCGAAGGAUUAUCAUCAAUCAAGGAUUAUCAAAAUUUGAAUUUCGGGCCUUUUUCUACUGACAAAGUACGGUGUUUUUUAGUGAAUAUUUUUAGACACCAUAUUAUAAUUUUAAGUGUCUAUUUUCAAGUGACAUUUUAGCAUUUUUUUUAGCAUAUUUAAAAAAACUUUGGCAUAAUUUUGGCAUAAUCUAGACAUUAGUCUAGCAUUUUUUCAAAAUCCGAGUUGGCAACACUGGGUAGCGGGUAGUAAAUUGAAUUAUAAAUAAACACACGUAGAAUUAUAUACUAGUACUUACUUACAAAAAUAUUCAUACAUUAAAAACUAGUACUUAUACUUUAGAUUAUAUUUUAGUAGUAAAACAAUAAAAGGUACUAUUAUGUCAGGGAAUAUGGCAAGUUAUGCGACGUUGUAUGUGAUACUUAGUGUAUUGAAAAAACUACUUUGUGCCAUUAACUUAACGUUCAAAUUGUAUUGAACGACUCGACUGCCAAUAAAUAUUAUAAUUAUAUUUUUACACCUGGCAAUGAAUGUUCUGUGAUGUAUUUGUACUUACUUAUAAAUGUAAUUACUUAAUAUAUUAGUGUAAUCGUAAUUACUAUUAUCAUAUCUAGUAUGUUCUAUUUUAUAGUAAUAAUAAUAAGCACUAUGUUACAUGCACUUGUUAUUUGUUCACAAGCAUUGUACCUCAUAGUUAAUUAUAGCAAAUUUAAAUAGGAACAAAUAUUAAUAAAGAAUAUGAACUAUUACCUA